GGCUUCAGCUUUGCCUCGCCUCUGCUCGUGUCGCGAACAACGGACUUUGCGAGGGUCAGCAGUAAGCGACCAACUGGCAUACCGCACACAUUUGCCUUAACACCGAACCACAUACGUGGAGAAGACUCUACCCGACACCUGUAUAAGUCUUCGAAGACAGGGGACCAGCAUAAUCUCAUAGAGAACUUAUCAUAAUCCAAACUGCUGAACCUAGAAGACGCGAAAUUAGUGUCUUUCCUAAACCAGACACCUAAUUCGACUUUCCCUUUUGCGGUCGCUGCCAAUAUUGCACCCAUGUCUCGACUAUCGUGGCUGAGAAAUAGAGACCCUGCCCAAGAUGAAGGGCUGCAACUGUGGUCGACUUCGACUCUCGACCUGACCAUCAGGGACCCUUCACAUGAUUCGAAUCAAUCGUAUCAUGCCCCAAGCUCCCCAAGCUUGGGAUCGAACAACAAUGAGCGAGAUGAACCCGUUUCACCCACCACGCCGGCGAUCACACCGGAACCUCCACACCUAUGGAUGCCGGAGCACCCACCCAGCACCCUACGAGGACCUCAACGUGUGCCAGGCACCUCGCCCGUGGUGACCAUCCCACAGGAAAGAACCCAACCACACCACCCCGCCCAAGAAAAACACCGGGAACCACCACCACCGCCUGGCGAUGGCCACCCCGCGGCCCAGCCCCCCAGCCCCAGCGAGCUGCCAGACGGCGGGCUAGAGGCCUGGACCGUCGUGGCGGGCAGCUGGUGCUGCCUCUUCGUGUCCUUCGGGUGGAUCACCUGCAUCGGCGACUUCCAGUCCUACUACUCGCGGCAGCUGCUCUCGUCCUACCCGGCCAGCACCAUCGCGUGGAUCCCCUCGGUCGAGACGUGCCUGCUCUUCCUGGGCGCGCCCGUCUUCGGCCGCGUCUUCGAUAGCUACGGGCCCCGGCCGCUGCUGCUCGCGGGCACGCUGUUCCACGUCCUCGGGCUGGUCCUGCUCAGCUACUGCCGCGAGUACUACCAGGUGUUCCUCGCGCAGGCCGUCUUCAGCGCCAUGGGGGCCAGUGCUAUCUUCUGGGCUAGCAAUAAUGCCGUGGGGACGUGGUUCCGGAGGAGGAGGGCGUUUGCGAUGGGGAUUGUGAGUUCUGGGAGCUCGGUUGGGGGUGUGGUGGGCACUGCUUCCAUACCCACCCUGGUGGAGAGAAUCGGCUUCCCCGAGACCAUACGGGCAACGGCAUUCCUCUACCUGGCCCUGCUGGCCUUCGCCCUUGUCACGGUCAAGUCGCGGCUCGUGCAUACGCCCAAGCCUUUCAGGGUCCUGGACGUUGUCGCCCCUCUGAGGAAUGGUUACCUGAUCAAACUUGCCCUCGCGGCCUUCUUCUUCUUCCUCGGGGUAUUCCUCCCUUACAAUUUCCUCGUCGACGAGGGCGUCGACAGCGGCAUGGGCGAAAGCCAAGCAAACAAUCUCCUCGUGGUUCUAAGCGCGACAAGCAUCAUCGGCCGCAUAGUCCCCGCCUGGGCAGGCGACCGACUCGGCCGGUUCAACGUGACCAUCUUCUUCACACUCCUAUCAGCGGUCUUCACGCUGGCGCUGUGGGUCCCGGCGCCGGAGGACAACACCGCGGCGCGCAUGGCCUACGCGGCGCUCUACGGGAUCACGUCGGGCGUGUUCGUGUCGCUGAUGCCGACGCUCGUGGUCGAGGUGUGCCCGGACAUGCGGCAGGUCGGCGUCUUCUCGGGCGCGACGUACCUGGCCGCGUCGCCGGCGAUCCUGAUCGCGCAGCCCAUCGGGGGCGCGCUCGUGCGCGGCGGCGAGGGGGUGGGGAUCGUGCAGAUGUACGUGGGCAUGAAGGUGUUUGCGGGGAUUAUGAUGGGGGUCGGCGGCCUGUUGUUUGUUGUUGCCCGGGCGGCGCAUAUGAAGCAGCGGGGUGUGACGGGGCUGAAGGCGUGAUAUUCAAGUUAUGCGGAGUACUAGUAGAAUGAUAAUUUAGGAAUAAGGUGACCUGCCCACAUCCGGACCACCCCCUAAUUCGGACCACGUUUUCCACCAAAACACACUAUUGUUAAACACUUAUUUCUCCAGA